AUGGGGGCCCCGGGGGAGCCCGGGGCGGCCAGGUCGGCUGAGGAGGGGCGCAUCGGGCCAGGGGGGGAACCCAGCAGCCAGAAGCCUCCGUGGCGGGCGGUGGGCGCGCUCGCGAGGGGGCCUGCCGCCGGGCGCGGACGCUGCGCAGCCGCGGUGGCCGGAAGCUGCGCGCGUCGCCUGCGCGCGGCGCUGCGCCACGUGUGCCUGGCGUCGUCCAUCCCCGGCCUGCGCUUCUGCGCCGCGCAGCACCUGCAUCCGGUCGAGAGGUUGGUGUGGGCGGCGGUGGUGGCGGCGUCGAUGGGCGCGGCGUUGGUGUUGGUGCUGCGCAACUACCAGCGCUUCUCGCAGAGCCCCACCGUGGUGGCGCUGGAGAUGGACUUCGCCAACUGGAACGUGUCGCUGCCCGCCAUCACCGUCUGCUUCCCCGGGCGAGCGGACCCGCAGCGCGCAGAGGCCGCUUCGCAAUUGGAUGUGAAUCCGGAAGCUUCUUCACCUCGUGAGUCGCAAAUAUACCCGCUGCCCGCCAUGCGCACGCUCACAGAGGCGGGGCUGUGCUACGCCUUUGGCAGCCUGCACGCUCGACACUUCGCCCCGAGGUACGCCGUCUACUUUCUCAGCCACUGCACUCAAUCUGCGCCCGCUGUGCAGAACUCUACCCACUCACAGUCACUGACCAUCGUGGCCACGCUCACAGAUGUGCUACACCAGUUGCAACCUACUCGCCGGACACAUUUUGAGCCUUCUCCUCAGCUCACAGCCCCCCUACACUCUCCGGUGGCGGUGCACGGGCGGCGGCAGCUGGCCGGGUCGGGCGCGGAGGCCGACGGGCGCUGGCGCCGGGCGACGCUGGGCACGUGGGAGCGCUGGAACUUCGAGGGGCUGCAGCUGCUGGCGUCGCGCCACACGCUGGCGCUGCCCGCGCGCCAGCGGCGCUGCGCCACCGGCCGCUGGGCCGACUGCGUGCCGCGCUGCCGCCGCGACGCCACCCUGCGCCUCUGCGCCUGCGCGCCCUUCUUCUACCGCCCGCUCGUUGCCCAGGCCUGUCCUAGGGUUGUGAGACGCGGGGGUGCGCUCCUGGCGCGCGCAGGGCCGGCGCCGCUGUGCCGCGCGCAGGGGCUGCGCUGCCUGAGCGAGCGCUGGGCGCAGCUGCAACGCGAGGCCGCCGGCUGCCGCUCCUCCUGCGCCCCGCCCUGCUCCGUCACGCUCUACCACUUUCACGGGCCCAACGGCCGCACGCGACACGGGAAAGGGAGGCGACUGGCCCCCGCAACCCGCGCCACCGACCCACCCCCUCCCUCCCCCCCUCCCCUCCCCUCCCCUCCCCUCCCCUCCCUCGCCCCGCCCCCGCCCCGCCCCGCCCCCACUCGCCUCGCCCUCGCCUCGCCACUCGCCUCGCCGCUCGCCUCGCCCCUCGCCGCUCGCCGCCACGCCACACGCCACUCGCCCGCCACUCGCCUCGCCGCUUCGCCUCCGCCUCGCCUCGCCUCGCUCCCUCGCGUCCGUGCCCCCCCUCGCCUCGCCCCCCCUUCGCCUCGCCCGCCCUCGCCUUCGCCGCUCUCGCCUCGCCGCCUCGCCUCGGCCCUCGCCUCGCCCUCGCCUCCGCCCUCCCAUCCUCUCCUCCCUCGCCUCCUCGCUGCCCCUCGCCUCGCCCGCCCGCUCGCUCGCCACGCCACACUCGUCGCCACUCGCCUCGCCCGCUUCGCCUACGCCACUCGCCCCGCCCCCGCCCCUUCCCUUUUACACAGUUUAAAACUCCCACAGUGUAAAGUCCUACUUUUACAGUUAAAAACUCUGUGUGACGUGCGAUGGGGAGAGGUUAAUUUCAAGUUACAUUUAUGUCCAGAAGCAAAACAAGGGGCCAUCUCAGCAUUUGCUCGAAGAUCGUACAGUGAUACAAAAUGA